CAGCUUUCGUCAGGCUUUGGAUCAAGGCAGUCAGAGGGUUUGAAGUGGCUGGGAGGGAGGUGGCUGCUGGGUUACCCUGUGUCUGCUCGUCGCACCGCUCGACUGCUUAUGCACAGAGUGCUUUGCUUUGUUUCCUGUUUCAUCUGAAAUUUCAUAAGCUCUCUCCUCCUAAAAUAUGGUAGUUUAUCUUGUGGUUCUGCGUUUCACAUCUUCCUGCGUGCUCUCAGACUUGUUUCCUGCCUCUUCUCCUGCGUUUUCUGUUUCUCACAUUAGCUCUCAAAACCCGGCUCCCCUAGCAAGUCUUUCUUACCUCGCAACCUACUUACAGCAGCUAGUGCCUCUUCUGAGACAAACCAAUCCCAGACAAAACCGUCCCAGCCCAUAGGCAGCUGCUAAUUUGACCCUAAUCCAUUUGAAAAGGAGAGGGCUGGUGGGUGAGGAUGGAGUCAAGGAGGGAGGUCCUGGCUUGCUGGUACAUCUGCAGUGACGGACCCACAGAGAUUCACACACUUCCUUAUGGGAGCAGCAGAGGUUUAACUCUUCCCUGAUCACUUCAAAGCUGAUUAUUUGAGGUCUCUUGAGCUUCAGUGAUCACUGUGCUAGACUUCCUGGUUGUGCUUCAGUGGUGGGUGACUGAACGGAGUCUGCUCGGCACCGCGGCGAUGGGAGUAAUGUGAAGUUUAAUGAGCACCUGCAAAGCUGUAUAGCAGGGAAGGAACUGCCAUGCCAGUGGGAAUCUUCCGAGUGUGCCUAGUGGUGAUUACAGCUAUCAUCAACCACCCGUUCCUCUUCCCUAAAGAGAAUGGCACUGUCCCCGAGAACACGGAAGAAAUUAUCCAGAAGAUGAAGGAGCGGGAGGAGAACCUUCGGCUGCAGAAGCUGCGCUUGGAGCAGGAAAUCGCAGGCCAGGAAGCUGCACAGCAGGCUCUGGAAAAGGCUGCAAAGGUAGUGGAGGAAAUCAAAGAGGAAAAGGUCCCGUGGGAUAUGUGGACAGCUCUUUCCAUGGUCAUCUUCCUGCUGAUCGAGCUCUGGAGGCAGGAUUUCCAGGAGGGGAACUGGCAGGACACAGGAGCGGAAGAGGAUGACAUGGCUGUCCUGGGGAAAGCAUUUAAGGGGGUGGCCUUCCCUGACAAGGCCACCUUGGCCAGCUUCUAUGAGAAGCGAAUCCUGGGCACCACCGGCGACAUGGCCAGGAUGCGGGAGAUGGUGGAAGGCUUUGCAGAUGACCUGCUGGAGGCCUUGAGGAGCGUUUGUAACCGGGACGCUGACAUGGAAGUGGAGGACUGCAUGGGUGUGGGGAGCAUGUACGAGAACUGGAGAGUGCGGAAACCUUUUGUCUGCGAUCUGAUAGUGCCUUUUGCACCCCCAGAGCCGUAUUGUUUCCGGUCCCAGAUCUGGUGCUCUGGGGCCUCUUUUCCCCCAGAUGAACAAGGUUAUGGCACUAUCAAGGUAUGCAGGGCAGACGAGGAUGUGACAGGUUGCAUCUGUGACAAGACUAAACUAGGGGAAGAUAUGUUGUGCCUUCUCCAUAGCCAAGGCAAUACUUCCAGGCCCAGCAGCGAGAUGGAAGACCUCCUGUGCUUCAAAAAUACUCAGUAUCUUGAUGCUGACCAAGUCAUGAAGUGGUUCCAGAUCGCAGUCACCAAGGCCUGGAACAGAAUCUCCCACAAGUAUGAAUUCGACCUGUCUUUUAGCCUCUUGGACUCCCCAGGAGCCCUGAAGAUAAAAUUCAGGUCAGGGAAAUCAGUCGCCUUCAACCUCACUCCUGUGGUGCAGUACGAGAACUCGGACGUUUACUUCAUCUCCCAUUUCCCUCGCAACGAACUGGUAGCAGAGCUCCCCUCCAGCACUCGCUGGUUCCUCACCUUCGCGGUGUACGAGAGGAGGUUCAUCCAGCUGAUCUCCAAAACGCUGCCUGCCGGUGCCUGCCACAUCAGCUGCCUUCAGAUCCUCUCCUUCCUGCACGGGAAGCAGUGCAGCCUCACAGGCCCAAGCGGGCUCACCAACUACCACCUGAAGACAGUGAUGCUGCAUCUGCUGCAGGCGCGUCCCAGUCAGGACUGGGCCCCCGAGAAGUUGGAGGCCCGUCUCCAGGACAUGCUGAAAUUCCUGGAGAAAUGUUUGCACGAAAAGAAGCUCUACCACUUCUUCAUUGGCAAUGGGAAGGUACCAGCAGAGCUGGGCUUUCCCAUCACAUUCCAGAGGGCCGAGCCUCUCAAUCUCUUCCGUCCCUUCGUGCUGCACAGGGACGUUUACAGAAAGACAAUUGACACAUUCCACGAGAUGCUCAGGAACACGUCUGCACUGAUAAAUGAGUACACGGUGCACAUUCCCCUUGCACACACCAAUGGGAUCCAUAAGGAAUCCAUUUAACCAAAGCCAACAGGAAAACACUUGUUCCUCUAAGCACAAGUCCAGAGGGCAGCUUUUCAAAGCCUGGAGACAACUGACUUUGCCAGUGCAGCCUGUUGUCUGCAGCUGAGCCUGUCCUGGUCGUGGUUUCUGCAGGAAGGGAGAAGGGAUGGGGGGAGAAUAGGGAGAAACUGGAAGGCAUGGUAGAGAAGUAAGUUUCUGCUCCACUGGUGUGCUGGCUGGGUUUUACGCAGCUAAGAAUAUAUUUUUAUAUUGUGCCUCAGUCACACUACAGCGGUGAUGAGUAACAAAUAUGACUAAUUUAUUCAGAUGUCUGCAAUGCAAUGGUGGUGGUGGCCAAAUACUUCAUUUCCUUUGGAAGGGGAAGAUGAGAAAAGGGUGGAGGAGUUCUGGGGCUGCAGGAGCCUGUCUGCUUGCAGGCAGCAGGAGCUCUGUGACCAAUGGGAAGUGCGACGUGAGACUCAGUGUUAGUGGGAGAACGAGGCGUCACUGCUGAGGUCACACACAAUUCUGGAUUGGAUGCAGAAAUCUCUAAAUCCAGCACUGCUCUUUACUUGAAGGGAAACUGCAAGUUUUUUUUAAAAAGCAUUUUGAUAGGACUUGCAGCACUAGUUUAAACAGCUCAUCCUGUCCAUCAAAAACACACCUGGACAUGACAUCUUUUUUCUUGGUGGGGAAAAUGUAGCAGAGCAGGCAGCAGGACCCGUGUAUUGAGACCAUUUCAUUUGUGUCUUCCAUUUUCUUCAUGGUAACACAGCUAGUUGGUUUUAUUCUUAGCCAUUUUCCACGGAUAAACGACCAGGAACCUUUUUUACAUUAGAUAAGAGAGAAAUGCUGUUACUGGGUUCUGGCUUUUUGGUUUAUUUGUUUGCUUUCCUUAUCUCCAGGCAGCAAGUCUGAGAACCAGCAAAGAGAGAAAUGACUGCUGCAGGUUUUACUUUUAUUAAAGAGGAAACUCCUCAAAAUUACUCUGUAAUGAGCCCAAUCUCAGGAGUUUGGUACCAGGAGGAAACGAUUGCCCUCUACAUGAGAGUGCAGCUCUCCCAGCAUGGUUUUAAUGAGCGCAGGAUGGCUCCAAGUUAGGAAGUGGGAUGCAAGAGGUGCACACACAGCAGAGAUUGGCAGUGCAAUCUCUGCAGCUGCUUAUAUGUGUCUUCUUAUCCCUUCUGUGCCAGGUAAAAGCUACCUGGUUGACUCCUUAUAGGGCCUCCUUGAUCCUUCUUAAGACUGCUGCUUUGAUGGGGUUUACUCUUGGGAACUGCAGCUAGCAAACCAUCUUUUUCUG